UACCUUAGACAGAUUGGUUUAAACAACAGACAUGUAUUUAUUACAGUUCUGGAAGCAGAGGCAUCCAAGAGCAAGAUGGCAACACAUUGGGUACCAGGAUCUCUUACGAAGCAUGAGCCGACUCUCACCGAGGCUGACUGGCAGAAGAAACUGACUCCAGAGCAGUACUAUGUCACGAGGGAAAAAGGAACUGAACCGCCUUUCAGUGGGAUCUACCUGGACAACAAGGAGCCCGGAAUGUAUCACUGUGUGUGCUGUGACAGCCCCCUCUUCAGCUCAGAGACGAAGUUCUGCUCCGGCACCGGAUGGCCUUCAUUUUCCGAGGCUCAUGGCGCAUCGGGCUCAGACGAAAGUCACGCAGGGGUCCUUCGACGCUUGGACAUGUCCGCGGGGUCGGCUCGCACAGAGGUCGUCUGCAAGCAGUGCGAAGCUCACCUUGGCCACGUGUUUCCUGACGGGCCGGAGCCCAGUGGUCAGAGGUUUUGCAUCAACAGUGUGGCCCUGAAGUUCAAGCCAAACAAACAGUGACCGUCUCCAGCAGUCCCUCCCGGGCCACCGCUCCUCACGCAUCCUUGAUUCUCAUAAUUCAGGUGGAUGAUUUGUUUUGUGUGCUGCAAAAUCAGGCUGUUUGCUGCUGGCUCCAGAAGUCACAGUGUCACUUGUCUACCUGGGGUCCAGCCUGACACCUUGGACUGCGGGAUUUCACAGCGGGGCAGCUGUGUGCACCACUGCCUUCCCAAGGCCUGGGGUGGGACGGCAGGAGGCUGGUGGGAGGAGCCAGAGCGUUCCGGCAGAAGGACCCUGAACUCACCACUGUAGUUGUGUCCUCCAGGAGCCCUGAGCAAUCCCAGCACGGCCAAGUAAGUUCAGAAGGAGCUGUG